GCGGAAUAUCUUUUGCCCCCGGCGCGAUGCCAUGAACGGCCAUUUCCGAAGAUCAAGAUGGCCACCAACUUGCAGCCGACGCUUGAAGACGCCAAGGCGCUUGCGAUCGCCCAUGCGGACAAGAACCUCCUGCCUGUCUACCUCGACGUGACGGCGGACCUCGACUCGCCCGUGAGCGUCUACCUCAAGCUCAUGCAGCACCAAGGGCCGGGCACGCAGUCGUUCCUUCUCGAGUCCAUCGCACCCGGCGAGAACAUUGCGCGCUACUCGUUCAUUGGCACGAGUCCGUUCAAGACGCUGACAUCAGGCCCAAACUGCGCGUACCAAGGCGACCCGCUCGUGCAGCUCGAAGCGGAAAUGGCCGGCUUCCGCCUCAUCGCGCUGCCCGAGCUCGCGCUACCGAUGACGGGCGGCGCCGUCGGCUACUGCAGCUUUGACGCGGUGCGCCACUUUGAGCCGACGGUUGGGCCGUUUGUCGAGGCGCAGAAGGACGUGUUCCAGAUUCCGGAGAGCAUGUACAUGCUCUUCGACACCGUCGUGGUCUUUGACCACGUCUUCCACUCGCUCAAGAUUGUGACGCACUGCCGCCUCGAUACUCCGUCGCGGGACCUUGCAACCGAGUACGCGGCCGCGUCUGACCGCAUCCGUUCGAUCCAAGCGCAGAUCGAGUCGCCGCUGCCGCGGUCCUGCAGCAGCUCGCACGUCAGCGACAAGGUCAUCGGCGAUGCGCUCGACUACAACGCCAUGUCGAACGUCGGGGAAGCCGAUUACAUGGGCUUUGUCGAUACGCUCAAGCAGCACAUUGUGGACGGCGACAUCUUCCAAGCCGUGCCCUCGCACCGCCUCAACGUUCCGCUGCCCGAGAACGUCACGUCGUUCGACUUGUACCGGCAAAUGCGCGUGAUCAACCCGUCGCCAUACAUGUUUUAUCUCAACUUUGGCGACGGCCUCGAGGUUGUUGGCGCAUCGCCCGAGAUGCUCGUCAAGGUCGACCAAAACGCCGUCGUCGAGACGCACCCGAUCGCGGGGACGCGCCACCGCGGCAAGACGCCGGCCGAGGACCAAGCGCUCGCGAUCGAGCUCCUCGCCGACGAGAAAGAACGUGCGGAGCACAUUAUGCUGGUCGACCUCGGCCGCAACGACGUGGGCCGCGUCGCUGUCCCGGGCUCGGUCCGUGUCGAGGCGCUCAUGGCAAUCGAGAAGUACUCGCACGUCAUGCACAUUGUGUCGGUCGUCAAGGGCCAGCUGCGGAGCGACAAAACCAUCUACGACGCCUAUCGCGCGCUCUUUCCCGCCGGCACGCUCACGGGCGCGCCCAAGGUCAAGGCCAUGCAGCUCAUCUGCGGCCUCGAGAAGGAGCGCCGCGGUAUGUACGGCGGGUCGGUCGGCUACGUGAGCUUUGGCGGCGUCCUCGACACGGCGAUUGCCAUCCGAACGAUCGUCGUGCACAAUCGCCGUGCGUAUUGCCAAGCCGGCGCCGGCAUCGUGUACGACUCCAACCCCGCGGCCGAGUACAACGAGACGAUCAUCAAGCUCGGGUCUGCCGUGCGCACCGUGCAAAAGUGCGCGCGGCAAAAGCAGCUGUCGUAGUCGACCAUGAAUGUAAACUUGUAUCUAGUACUACGCUGGGAUUCUCGCUGCCGGAGAGAGCGAGGGCUACGAGCAACGGGAGCUAGUUGCGUGACC